AUGCUGGGCCUGGCUUUGGCCGUGGGGGUCCUGCUGGCCCUGGUGGGCUGCACGGCCACGGAGCACUGCGCGGCCCCGCAGGACCUGGUCUGCCGGCUGCUCCAGAGCAUGGAGGGCUCCAUCAAGCCCGGAGAGGUGCCGAAUCCCAGCGUCCUGCUGGCCAUGAGCCUGCUUGGGGCAGACACCAACAGUCCCACCUACAAGUUGCUGCUCCAGGAGAUCAAGGAGGAGGUGGUGACGAGAGCCCAGAAAGCCAUGACCUCAGGACAGGUGGCUGAGCACGUCCUCGCCCUCCUCUCGUCCUGCCAGGACCCCCGGCAGGUCCACGCCCUGGGACAGACCAUCGACCUGAUCUCCAUCCUGCAGCAGAAAACGGAUGAGGAGAUGGCCGAGCUGGAGGACAAGGGCCAUCCCAAAACCACCCUGUUCAGCGUGAGCCUGGACACCACGGCCCUGUGCCUGGCCAGGGCAGACGGGUACCGGGGGCCAGCGGUGGCCUUGGCCAAGGAGGUGCUGAGCCCCAACAGCCCCAUCAGUGUGGACACCCGUGCCGUGGCGGUGCUGGCCCUGCUGUGCGCCCACGACAACGUGGAGGACGCGGAGGUGCGGGAUCUGCUCCACGAGGCAGUUUGGACGGUGACCAACGACUUCCUGGAUGAGCAGGAGGAGAGGAACGGCCUGAUCGGGAACAUCUACAGCAUGGGGCUGGCCCUGCAGGCACUGGAGGCCUCAAGGGACUUUUACGCCCCUCGGGACUGGGAUUGUGCCCAGGCCUUUGCCGUGGUGACCAACCACACCUUCGAGCUGCCCAUGGCCAUCGCCCAGGUGCUCCCGGCCCUCGUGGGCACGUCCUACCUGGAUGUGGCCACGCUGGACUGCGGUGCCCCCACGGAUCUGUGCCCAAGCCGGGGGACACACAGGGUUCCCACAGCUAUGAUGAGCCCAUCUGGAGCCUCCCAGACCCCACGGGAGUCCCAGGACAUCACAGUGCACUACUCCAUCACCAACAACCUCCAGGGAAUCCCCUGGCACUACAGCAUCUCGGUGACGGUCCCGGGUGACUCCACACUGCUCGAGGUGCUGGAGAGGGCAGAGGAGAUGGAUCCCGAAAACUUUAGCUUCAAGACGGAGCAGACGUCCUGGGGUCCCUUCGUGGUCUCCAUCCACGGGCUGGCUGGCAGUGACAAUGACAGGACCUACUGGCAGUUCCUCAGCUCUGGGAAACCUUUGGAUCUAGGGGUUGGAACCUACAAACCACACUCUGGGGAGCACAUCCAGGCCAUCUUCAGCACCUAUUGAAGCCACCAAGAGACCCUGGAUCCCACCAGGGAGCAAUAAAGUGCCAUUCAAACGUGU